AUGUCGACCCCGACGAGAAACUUCAGCCUGCGCAACGUUAAUACUAGCAAGCCCCAGCUUCAAAGAAUGGACUCUCAACAAUCUAUAGCUGCUUCAGACGACUACUAUUCGUUCUCAGACAGAGCAGCUUCCUCAAGUCCAGAUAGUCGAGUCACAGUGAGACGAUUCCAGACUCCAGACUCUAGACCAUCCUCUCGAGGUCAUUCUCCUACCAUGCCACACCAAUUUCCCACUGAGGAGCCAAGUCAACCUGUUCAAGAAGAUCAUGGCUCACCACGUCCACCGACAUCCAGCACGGUCCGAUUCGGAGAUGACAGAGUCGCCCGAGCCAGUGUCAGAUCGGAAGCCACAGGAUCUGACGAGACAGCUCGUCGGGUCCCUAGUGACUACGCAGGACCAGCCCCGACCCCAGGCUUGGAUGACUCCCCGUACGUCCGGUUUGCAAUCGAUCAGCUCACCCAAGACAGAUCUAGGGGAGUCUCAAGACAAGAUUCUUUCUCGACCACAACAACUGGGGAUGAUUAUCCAAACAAUCAACUGGUUUGGGACGAGGGACUGGGCUACUUUACCCGCACGCGGACACCUUUGAGGACGCCCAUUCGCCACGAAACACCACCAGUCAGACCAAACUAUACAUCUCCAUCGCCACAAGCUUUACCACAACGACCUAUCUCGGUAGAUCCAGAGUCCUUCGUUGCUGUCGAACAACCAGAGCAGAGCUUACUGUAUCCGCCUUUGAAUUACCUGCCUAUCGUCCUCCGGCCGUGGGCUUUGAUGCUGACUGUCUUUUGCUGUCUGCUCAUGAUUGCAGCAGUGGUCUUCUGCAACAUUUGGUCUCAUCGUCACCAGGGAAUUUGGGACUAUCAGGGUCAAGGUGGCGGACACUACUUCGUGCUUCAAUUCCUCCCACAAACUCUCGCUGCGCCAAUCAUCAUCUGGUCUUUCGUUAUCCAAGCUGCAGUAUAUCGCACGGCACCUUUCUCCAUGAUGUCAGCUGAAAGACAAAAGGGCUUGGUUAUUCAAGGAUUACCAGUUCUCUCGAAAAGCUUCGUAUUCCCUGAUUUGUCGCAUUUCAGAAAUGGUGAACCUCUGUUCGGUUUCUCCUUGCUCACGAUCUGGCUGCACAAUUUCUUUGCAAUCCCGCUUCUGAGCUGUUUCUUCCAGGCAAAGUACUACAUCAUUAAUGGAGAGGGGGCUUGGAGAUGGGCCUCGGUUCAAUCAUUAGGCUGGACAUUGGUUGCAUUAUACGGCGUUCUUACAAUUGGCCUGCUGCUACUAUCUCUGCGCUUCCUCCGCAGCUGGUCUGGUCUGAUGUGGGAUCCCGUCAGCCUGGCAGAUCUCAUCUCGUUGAUCCAACGGUCGAAUAUUCUCCACGACUUCGAGCGAUCCGAAACUCUUCCCACAGUACGAGACUCGCUUGAUCCUCGAAUUCUUCGACUCGGCUACUGGAGACUCUCGAGCAAGCCUGAGAUCUUCUACGGAAUCGGAGAGGUCGAUGCCCCAGUCAGAACUCCAUCUCUUCAUCAGACCGGCAAAAGCAGAGAGAAGCAGCCGCAUGGUCUUGCAAAAGUGUGCGUUGAUCUUGAACACCAAGCUGCCCUCGCCAACGAUCAAUCUGAUAACUCCCUUUACUCGCCAUUCGCCCGCUACCGCUGGACUCCUUGGUUCUUACGCAAGAUCUCAGUUAUCAUCUGGGUUGUAAUCGUCUUCGCCUUGCUGAUCGCCUUUGUCGUCGUCAGCUUCAUCAACAACGGUAUCAAGGGCGGCUUCCCACCCAAGCUUCCAACUCUCCCAUCGACAAACGCAUUCUCCUCCUCAAACUUCCUCUACAGCUUCAUCCCCGCCCUAAUCGGCAAUGUCCUCUUCCUCGUCUGGCAACCUGUUGACGUCUACUUCCGCGCACUUCAACCUUACGUCGAACUUUCCUCCCCAAGCGGUGCAUCCGCCGAGCAAAGCAUUCUCCUCGCCUACCCAUCUCACUUCCCAAUCCAAGUAACGAUCAUCGCCCUCCUCAACCGCCAUUUCAAAGUCGCCUGGAUAUCACUAAUGAGCCUGAUAUCCCUGGCAAUCCCAAUCCUCGCCGGAGGCGUCUUCAUCGCCCUCUGGUACCCCUCUCACGACGACAUCCGAAUCUCUGCCUUAAUGCCAGCCUUCUACGCCCUAAUCGGCUUCUGUGCUUUAUACGCCGUCUCCUUCCUGUCAAUUUGGCCAGGCAGAUGUCGCUAUUUGCCUCACGAUAUCACGACCCUUGCUGAUAUGAUGAGCUAUCUGUAUCAAUCGCCGCUUCUGUCGGACAAGAUCCUCCGCGAGCCGAGGAGCAAGACUGAUCUUGUUACCCGUCUUAUUGUUGCGCCGCCUUCGGAUCGCCAUGUGCCCUUGUAUGGCUUUGGCAUUUACGUUGGGCGCGAUGGUAAGGAGCAUCUUGGCAUUGAUCGCUUCCACCGUCCUGGUAGAACCGAUAUGCUUAUUACUACCGGGACUAUGAAAUGA